AUGCCUGCUCCUCGCCCCUUUGGGCGCCCAAGCCCCGUGCGCGCAGACGUACAUGCUCUCCCAUCCGGCGGCGACACUGCUGAAGCUUCCUCCGACCUCUGGGCCGCUCUCCAGCGUCGGCCCAAGACCGACGCGGCAACCCCGUCGCGUAUCGCCGUCGCCGUCGAGUGGGCUCAAGAACGCCGUCUCCCACCUUCGGCUCAACGCACAGCUCGCAAGCUCGUCCUCUGGGUCACCCCUGCUACUGCCGAGCCGAGCACAUCAUCAUCCCCUUCCCCACGUCCCCGCCUCCAUGUCCCAGCUCACCUCCUGCCGGCGUACGUCCCCACCCCGGCCGAGCCUGUUGGAGCUGCCGAGAUUGUUGCCGACGACCUGGCCUCGUUUUUCCCCGAGGCCCCGCAGCUCCCCAACGGUCAGCUGUGGAACGAGGAUGCGAACGGUACCGUCCACUUUGCCGACGAAGGAGAUCGCGCUGGCGCGUUCCUCCGCGAGGGAAGGCAUGUGAGCUUGGGACACGGCCGUGCAUUCCGUGUCCUCAUGUGUGAGCCUGUGCUGCAGGGCCUGGUCACACCGGACACCCGCGUGAUCGUCGCCGAGCGUUCCGCGCACGGUGAAGACGACAAUGUGAAUGGUGACGGAGGGAGUAUUGCUCCCUCACACCGCUCGCUCGUCGAGGAGUUUGACCCAGACGCGUUCCUCGCCUCGUCGCUUGCUCGCUCCCUUGGCCACCUCGCAGACGACACCGACCUUCCUCCUGGGCCCGACCACUCGUCCGACACAUGCUCUUCUGAAAUGUCGCCCCUCACCAACUCUGGUUCUCUGACCCCGCGCCCCGGACACGCUGGUGUCCCGCGUCCGCCAUCUCCAGUGGCUGCGCCCGACGACAUUCUCCAGCCCCUCGACUCGCCUUCCGAGGAAAGCGGUAUGCGCUUCGUCGUUGUUCCCGCGUCUGGCAAGGGCCCCGACCUGCCUGGUGUCGAGUACGACGAUGACGUCUGCUACGCGGGUGUAUGGGCUCUCGGCCGCGCAGGUGUCUUUGAGGGCGACUGGGUGACUAUCAAAGCGUUCGAAGAUGGUUCGCUGGGACGCACUCGCCUCGCCCGCGUCGUUGCAUGGGAACAGCUCGACGAGGAAGCAUCAGAACUGCCACCCAACGCCCUCCUCGUUCCCCCCUCGGUCCACCGCGCGCUCUUCCCCGUGCCCGUGCCCCGCCCCGAGGUUUUCGUCACGCCAACCCCCUUCGGCGCACGUCAGCCCACCCUCCCUAUCGCCGCCAGCAUGACGCUGUCCCGCGUCGCGACCGCUGAGGGUGUCGAUAAGCGGUACGAGCGGGCGUGGCUGCGUGGCCUCAAGAGCCACUUUGCCGCCACUGACUCGGAAGGAGAGCGCCGCCAGCGUCUUGUCCGCCGUGGUGACAUUAUCUCCGUCCCCGUGUGGGUUGGCAAGCCAGUUGCCGAGGACGAAGACGUGUCAGAGGACGACGGAAACGCUUCCGAUGACGGCGACGACGCUCCAUCCACUUCCAAACCCUCGGCCGUGGCAUACUUUGCCGUCACCGCGCUCCAGUUUGAGCCUCUCGUCCCUCCCGAGGACGACUUUAGCUCCUCUCUCGCGUCCAAGGCGCGUGCGGGCGAGCUCGGAUGCUGGGUCGAUGCCGGCAUUGGCGGCGAGACGAGCCUCGUCCUCGCUGGUGUCGAGCGCGCGCGCGUCGCUGGCCGCGCAGGCGACCAGACGUGGCACAACCUCGCUCCUCCCCCUCCUCCCUUCUGCGCUCCCGCCGCGUCCACCUUGCGUGAUCUUAUCCGUUCGUCAUUUUCGCCUCUCGCCCUGGCCCGUCUUUUCCCCCUCAGUGUGCUGGUCAAGGGAGCCCGUGGUGCCGGCAAGCGUGCGCUCGUCAAGGCCCUUGCCGACGAGCUUGGCCUCAGCGUCGUCGAGGUCCCCUGCUACGACAUUAUCGGCGACACGCCGCAGGUUACAGAGGGAACUCUGAGGGCACGCCUCGACAAGGCACGCAACUGUGCGCCGGCCAUUCUCCUCCUUUCCCAUCUCGAGGCCUUUUCGCCUCCCUCUGGAGGUGGCGCGGCUCCCCCUACUCGCCCCCCGCCCAUUGUCAAAGUUAUCGAGGACAUUCUCGCCGAAUGCCGCGCUGCCGGAGCUGAGACGGGCCAGCCUGUCGCCCUCAUUGGCACGACCAGCGCGUCCGACACUGUUCCGCGGGACAUGCUGGCGUGCUUCAAGCACGAGAUCGCCCUGCCUGCGCCGAACGCUACUGAGCGCGAGGUUAUCCUGGCCACAGCGCUGGCAGACACCCCACUCGCCCCCGACGUGCAGGUCUCGCAUGUUGCCGCGCAGGCCGCCGCCCUCAACGCCGGGGACCUGUCGUCUCUCAUUGAGCGUGCGCGGGACAUGGCCCUCGCUCGCGCGUGUGCCGAUGCCCCCUCGGCCCCGGACGCGCUCCUCGCCGGUAUCUCGCUCACGGCGGCGGACCUGACCGCUGCGCUGGGCGACGCGCGUUCAGCGUACGCCGACUCCAUUGGCGCGCCCAAGAUUCCCAACGUGUCAUGGGACGACGUCGGUGGUCUCGCGGCCGUCAAGGCGGAUAUCCUCGACACGGUCCAGCUCCCACUGGAGCACCCCGAGCUGUUCGGCGAGGGCAUGAAGAAGCGCUCUGGUAUCCUCCUGUACGGCCCUCCCGGUACCGGAAAGACGCUUCUCGCCAAGGCCGUGGCUACGUCCUGCGCUGCCAACUUCCUUUCUGUCAAGGGUCCCGAGCUGCUCAACAUGUACAUUGGUGAAUCGGAAGCCAACGUCCGUCGCGUGUUUGAAAAGGCUCGCGACGCCUCGCCCUGCGUCAUCUUCAUGGACGAGCUCGACUCGGUGGCUCCCAAGCGUGGUAACCAGGGCGAUUCCGGUGGCGUGAUGGACCGCAUCGUCUCGCAACUGCUCGCCGAGCUGGACGGCAUGUCGACGGGCCGUGGUCAGGUCAUCGUCAUGGCAGCCACCAACCGUCCCGACUUGCUCGACCCCGCCCUCCUCCGUCCGGGCCGUUUCGACCGCAUGCUCUACCUCUCCGUUCCCGAGACACACGCCGCACAGCGCGACGUCCUGGCCGCGCUUACGCGAAAGUUUGCACUCGACCCGGCCCUCUCGCUCGACACCUUGUCGCAGCGCCUGCCCUUCACCUAUACCGGUGCAGACUUGUAUGCCCUGUGUGCCGAUGCCAUGCUCGCGGCCAUGUCCCGCGUAGCAUCCGAGGUGGACGCCAAGGUCGCCGAACUGGACGCUGCGCCCCUGCCGCGCGCCUACCCAUCGCCUCUUACCGCGCAGUACUACCUGUCCGCCAUGGCGAGUGACGCCGAGACGGCCGUGGUGGUCAACGAGGAAGACUUUAGCGGCGCGCUCACGCGCCUCAUUCCCUCCGUCUCGGCGGACGAGAUGGAGCACUACAGGCGCGUGCAGGGCGAGUUCAAGGGGUACGAGAUUGGUGCCAAGUGA